CCUCGGAAUCAGGUAUCGGUGGUGGUGGUGGACAGCUCCUAUUCUUUGCUUGGAGAUCUACUCUCUCCGAUCUCUCUCUCCGCUGCUGGUUUCCAUCUCUUCUAUAAAAAGAUGGGGCUGUCUUUCACCAAACUUUUCAGUCGGCUAUUUGCUAAGAAGGAGAUGCGCAUUCUCAUGGUUGGUCUUGAUGCUGCUGGUAAAACUACAAUUUUGUAUAAGCUCAAGUUGGGGGAAAUUGUCACCACUAUCCCUACCAUUGGAUUUAAUGUGGAGACUGUGGAAUAUAAGAAUAUCAGCUUCACUGUCUGGGAUGUUGGUGGUCAGGACAAGAUUCGACCUUUGUGGAGACACUACUUCCAAAACACGCAAGGGCUUAUCUUCGUUGUUGACAGUAAUGACCGAGACCGUGUGGUUGAGGCUAGAGAUGAGCUGCACAGGAUGUUGAAUGAGGAUGAACUGAGGGAUGCUGUGCUGCUUGUGUUUGCAAACAAGCAAGAUCUUCCAAAUGCUAUGAAUGCUGCAGAGAUAACCGACAAGCUUGGACUUCACUCUCUCCGACAGCGCCACUGGUAUAUCCAGAGCACAUGUGCCACUUCUGGAGAAGGGCUGUACGAGGGACUGGAUUGGCUUUCAAACAACAUUGCUAACAAGGCUUAGAGGACUGCAGAAUCAGAUGGUUUUCUAAGGCUUUUCAUGGUUGCAGUCCGUGGCAGAGUAUAGGUGUUACUGCUAUUAUUUUUAUCAUUACUGGUGUUUUAGAUUUAAUUUUCUUUUUAUUAUUGCGGCGAAAAAUAGAUGCUUUUCUUUCUGUUACUUCUGAAAUCUUUUCAUAUGUACUAUCUGUUUGUGGUUUUUAAUUACCAUGUAGAUGGUUGACAUUUGUCUCUCUAUGGUCCCAAUAAGUCACAUUCUGUUUCCUAGUUUUC